CAGACAGAACUCCGACCAAGUUGUUUACAUUUGACGGACGCGUAAUCAACAUCAUGUUUUACCAUAUCUCGCUGGAGCAUGAAAUCCUGUUACAUCCCAGGUACUUUGGUCCACAGCUGAUGGAUACUGUACGACAGAUGCUUUUCACAGAAGUAGAAGGCACUUGUACAGGAAAGUAUGGUUUUGUGAUUGCUGUCACAACAAUUGAUCACAUUGGCUCUGGCAUGAUUCAGCCUGGGCGUGGCUUUGUUCUGUAUCCUAUAAAAUACAAGGCUAUUGUUUUCCGUCCAUUCAAAGGGGAAGUUCUUGAUGCAGUUGUGACACAGAUCAACAAGAUUGGUCUUUUCUGUGAAAUUGGACCCAUGCAGUGCUUCAUAUCCAGACAUUCAAUUCCACAAGAUUUAGAGUUUGAUCCAAACUCUAAUCCCCCAUGUUAUAAAAGCAGAGAUGAGGAAGUUGUUAUUCAACAAGAUGAUGAAAUUAGAGUCAAGAUUGUUGGUACCAGAGUAGAUGCCACAGAUAUUUUUGCAAUUGGAACCCUCAUGGAUGAUUACUUGGGUCUUACCAGCUAGUGCAGCAUGUGAAGAGGAAAGGUUAUUUUGGUUGUAUGCGUAUUUUGGCAUUG